UGGUCCGGGAGCUGGGCAGGGAGGAGGCACUGCGAACCUUCAGGACUCUGGUGCGGUGGCUUCAUCCACCGUGCUGGGAGGGACAAAGAAGGAAGCACAGGGGUGCUGACACCCUCUCAACGGGGGAUCAAGCUCCAAGCCAAUGUUAUAAGAUGGCAGAAGCAGAAGCAGCGCAGCUGAAGGAGGAAGGGAACCAGCAUUUCCAGCUCCAGGACUACAAGGCAGCCACGAAGAGCUACAGCCAAGCCCUGAAGCUGACCAAGGACAAGGCGCUGCUGGCCACACUCUAUCGGAACCGGGCUGCCUGUGGCCUGAAAACGGAGAGCUACGCCCAGGCAGCUGCAGAUGCCUCCAGAGCCAUUGACAUCAACUCUUCAGACAUCAAGGCUCUGUAUCGACGAUGCCAAGCCCUCGAGCACCUGGGGAAGCUGGACCAGGCCUUCAAGGACGUGCAGCGCUGUGCCACCCUCGAGCCACGGAACCAGAACUUCCAGGAGACGCUGAGGAGGCUCAACACCAGCAUCCAGGAGAAGCUCCACGUGCAGUUCUCCACAGACUCGAGGGUACAGACGAUGUUUGAAAUCCUUUUGGACCCAAACAGCGAGGCAGAAAAACGGGAAAAGGCUGCCAACAACCUCAUCGUCCUGGGCCGGGAGGAGGCGGGGGCCGAGAGGAUCUUCCAGAACAAUGGAGUGGCCCUGCUGCUGCAGCUUUUGGACACUAAGAGGCCUGAGCUGGUGCUGGCUGCGGUGCGGACCCUGUCGGGCAUGUGCAGUGGCCACCAAGCCAGGACCACGGCCAUUCUGCACGCAGUCCGCAUAGACCGAAUCUGCAGCCUUAUGGCCGUGGAGAACGAGGAGCUGUCGCUGGCCGUGUGCAACCUGCUCCAGGCCAUCAUCGACUCCCUGUCUGGGCAGGACAAGCAGGAGCACCGGGGGAAGGAGGAGGCCCUGGUUCUAGAUACCAAGAAGGACCUGAAGCAGAUCACCACCCACCUGCUUGACAUGCUGGUCAGCAAGAAGGUGUCUGGCCAGGGCAGGGACCAGGCGCUGAACCUGCUCAAUAAGAACGUCCCCAGGAAGGACCUGGCCAUCCAUGACAACUCACGCACCAUCUAUGUGGUGGAUAAUGGCCUGAGGAAGAUCCUGAAGGUCGUAGGGCAGGUGCCAGACCUGCCCUCCUGCCUGCCCUUGACCGACAACACCUGCAUGCUGGCCUCCAUCCUCAUCAACAAACUCUACGAUGACCUGCGCUGUGAUCCAGAGCGGGAGCACUUCCGCAAGAUCUGCGAGGAGUACAUCACGAACAAGUUUGACCCUCAGGACAUGGAUAAGAAUGUGAUCGCCAUCCAGACUGUAUCUGGGAUCUUGCAGGGGCCCUUUGACCUGGGCAAUCAGCUGCUGGGAAUGAAAGGUGUGAUGGAAAUGAUGGUGGCGCUGUGUGGCUCAGAGCGGGAGGUGGACCAGCUGGUGGCCGUGGAGGCCCUCAUCCACGCCUCCACCAAGCUCAGCCGGGCCACCUUCAUCAUCACCAAUGGCGUGACACUGCUCAAACAAAUCUACAAGACUACCAAAAAUGAGAAGAUCAAGAUUCGCACACUGGUGGGGCUCUGUAAGCUUGGCUCUGCGGGUGGCACAGACUACGGACUCAGGCAGUUUGCUGAAGGGUCCACCGAGAAGCUGGCCAAGCAGUGCCGCAAGUGGCUGUGCAACAGUGCCAUAGACACGCGGACCCGGCGCUGGGCAGUGGAGGGCCUGGCCUACCUCACACUGGACGCUGAUGUGAAGGACGACUUUGUCCAGGACAUCCCUGCGCUGCAGGCCAUGUUCGAGCUGGCCAAGACCAGUGACAAGACCAUCCUGUACUCAGUGGCCACCACCCUGGUGAACUGUACCAACAGCUACGAUGUGAAGGAGGUCAUCCCUGAGCUGGUGCAGCUUGCCAAGUUCUCCAAGCAGCAUGUGCCUGAGGAGCACCCCAAGGACAAGAAGGACUUUGUAGACAUGCGCGUGAAGCGGCUCCUGAAGGCAGGUGUCAUCUCCGCCCUGGCCUGCAUGGUGAAAGCAGACAACGCCAUCCUUACUGACCAGACCAAGGAGCUGCUGGCCAGGGUAUUCCUGGCCCUGUGUGACAACCCAAGGGACCGAGGUACCAUUGUGGCUCAAGGUGGCGGCAAGGCCCUCAUCCCCCUGGCUUUGGCGGGCACAGACGUGGGCAAGGUGAAGGCAGCCCACGCACUCGCCAAGAUCGCAGCCGUCUCCAACCCGGACAUCGCCUUCCCCGGGGAGCGGGUGUAUGAAGUGGUGAGGCCCCUGGUGAGUCUCCUGGACACCCAAAGGGAUGGGCUUCAGAACUACGAGGCUCUCCUAGGCCUCACCAACCUGUCUGGACGGAGUGACAAACUCCGACAGAAGAUCUUUAAGGAGAGGGCCUUGCCGGACAUCGAGAACUACAUGUUUGAGAAUCAUGACCAGCUGCGCCAGGCGGCCACCGAGUGUAUGUGCAACAUGGUGGUCAGCAAGGAGGUUCAGGAGAGGUUCUUGGCAGAUGGGAACGACCGGCUGAAGCUGGUGGUGCUGCUCUGUGGGGAGGAUGAUGACAAGGUGCAGAAUGCAGCUGCCGGGGCCCUGGCCAUGCUGACAGCGGCCCAGAAGAAACUGUGCCUCAAGAUGACCCAAGUGACACCCCAGUGGUUGGAGAUUCUGCAGCGGCUUUGCCUACAUGACCAGCUCUCAGUCCAACACCGGGGCCUGGUCAUCGCCUACAACCUGCUGGCGGCGGAUGCUGAGCUGGCCAAGAAGCUGGUGGAGAGUGAGUUACUGGAGAUCCUCACUGUGGUGGGCAAACAGGAGCCAGACGAGAAGAAGGCAGCAGUGGUUCAGACAGCCCGGGAAUGUCUCAUCAAGUGCAUGGAUUAUGGCUUCAUUAAGCCGGUGUCAUAGACACGAGCUCACUGGGGUGCUGGGGCUGGUCCUGUACUGGGUAGAGUCCUGAGCUGGGUAGUCCUGGAGUGUCGGUUCACCUAGAGAUCACAGCAGCAACAGUGAAGUCUCAAUAUAAAGGAAAGACCUGAUUGUUCCCUGAAUUGUGAAUCUUCUUUGUCCUGGAAAAGUUUGAUUGUUUUACUGGCUGCUUUGCUCCCCAUUUCCUUAUAUAUAUCCUGUUCUAGAAAUUCCUAGAAUAAUGUUUUUCACGAUAACAAGAUAGGUUGGGUCAUUCUUUCUGUACUCAUUCUGAAGGCCAGGAUGUUGGCUGAAGUGUGGUAAGGUAAGAACUAACAGGUGUGUGAUCAUAAAGAUUAAAGCUCUUGUACUGGAA